AUGCAUAAACAUAGGCAAUCUUACCAUCCGGACGCAAAAGAAGCUAAUGAUAUCUGGGUUGACCUAACGCCCGAAGAACUAGAAAACCGAUCUAAGAAUUGGCGAGAUCAGAUGGAAAAUCGUAAUAAACAGGCGAAAUCACCACGAAAAAAGGUUAACCGAAAAGAAACGAGUAGAGAGUUUGUAUCUGACAGCUCUUCGUCCGAAAACGAAGCUGAGUGUUCAUACGAGCCUCGGAAAACGAACAAAGCAGCAAAAGUGACCGAAGCUUCCGAAUCCGAAGUGCCAAAAGCGACUUCUGAUUUACUCGAAGCCGAAGCCGUAGUCUCAUUUCAAGACGAACCUCCCGAAGUCAAUUUGUCAACCGCACCAUCUGCUUCGGAAAGUCCUUCUGACACUAGUUUCUCAACGGUUACAGUAGAACCUUCAGCUAUAAGUGAUAAACCACCACAAACAGCAACAACAACAAUCGAGAAGUCUACAAGUGACCUAGGUGACAAGUCAACAGUUGUGACUACUAAAGAAAAGCAUCCAUCGGAUGAAGCGUCCAUGCAAGUCAAAGCUAAGCCAUUAGCUGUCGAAAGAACGUCGCAACCAAAGCAGACUCUUGGUGGGAAAGGUCGAGGUAAAGCUGGUCUCAAAUGCUUUCGUAAAUACGCCUUGAAGCAAGCUAAAAACCACACGCAAAGACUCUCGGCCGUAGAAAAGGGAAUAGCUGAUCUUAAAAACACCAUUGCCGGUAUUCCAGGAAUAAGUGACGAAUUGAAUCUAUCAGAAUCUUCGUCUGAAUUCUCAUCAGGAGACGAAUACGAGCCAGAAGAAGACCAAUAA